GUGGCACAACUUUAAGCAGUCUCGUCUAACAUUUAAAGAAGAAUAGAACAAAACAACAAAUAUUUCAGAAAAAAAAUGAAUAAAUUCUUAAUUUGUUUAUUCUUAGCGAUGGUUGGUGGGAUCUCCAGCACCACUGCCCGACCAGCAGAUGAGAAAGCUGUCGAAAUCGGCCCCCUUAAAGUACGCGGUGGUAUACGCAAAUUAGAUGUUGCUGCCAGCAACGAUGCUGAAAAAGCUUUGCAACUUUCUUUAGAAAAAUUAGCAGCUGGUGAUGGACCCCAUUUAAGAUUGGAGAAAAUUCAUUCAGCUACAACACAAAUUGUUUCUGGCUCCAAGUAUCGUAUCAAUGCUGAUUUCAUUGACAGCGAUGAAAAAACGAAAAACUGUGAUGUAACUAUCUGGUCUCAGCCCUGGCUAGAAAACGGCAUCGAAGUGACUUUCGAGUGUAAAGGUGAAGAAAAAUUGGUGAAAAAACACAGUCCUUAAAUUAAGAUUCAAUGCGAUAUUUAUUAUUUGAAAUAAAAUUGUUUUUAUUGCUAAAUAA